AUGGAGGGUCUCCUCAGCGUGCCCCCCGAAAGGGGCACCAUUAUUGGCAGGGCCGUUUGGAAGGCUCGAUAUGUGGUUAUUGGCAACGUGGAUCGGGUCCGAACUCAGCAGGGACACACCAGCCGCAUGCCGUCGAACCGUUCCUCGACGGCCAAGGAACUUAGCAAAGCGCCUGAAGGCCUCUUCCUUUCCAUCUACAAGUCUAAGGAAGAUACCGAGCCGAUCCAGCAACAUGCUAUCAGUUCGAUCGCGGACUGCCAGCUGCAGCUGUUAGCCCACCGCAAACAAGGCCCCGUCCUUCCCACCAUGGUCCUCAGCAUAUUACCAGACCCGCCCUCAGACAAGGCCCGGAAACGACGCUCCAGUAGGACCGCCGCCUUCUCAAUGCCGAGGGAAACCGGCCCAACCGCCCUCUUGUUCCGCCCAGGUGAUGAAUUACAGAACCUCCAGGAGUGGACGCGCUUUAUUCAACAACUCAUUCAGCCAACCCAUGGUCUCGACAGGGCUCCGAUGAGCCCGCUCACGCCAGCUUCACCCACUUUCAUCAACCCCUUCACGCCCCGGUCGAGGGACCCAAGCGAGAUUCAGCGGCCGGAAAGCAGGGGCGCGUGCCGACCUGGUUUCUUUACGAAGAACAGUUCUCAAUCCAGCUCGACCCGCGAUCGGCCCGUCACGUUUUCGGAUUCCCCCAGUUUGCGGUCAAAACGAAGCGACCUCUCGUCACAGACCAGUUCAGUAACACAAUCUUACAUGGGCCUCCAUAACUACUCCAACAUGUUUCCCGCCGACCUUCCAUCCCCGGCCACUACAGUAGGCGAGUACCAGGGUGAAUUGAUCGAAGGAUGGACAUCAGCCCAGGGCAGGUCAUCGGCCCUUAGCUCACCCAUGAGGGAGCGUAACAGUAUUAGUUCCCAGGUACCGACGUCGCUCUCGACGAUACCGGACUCUAACUCCUCGUCGGGACCACGUGAAACGAUCCUCGACCGAGCAUUCCAACUGCGCUGCAUUCCAGGCUCCGAACGCGAGAUCCCCGGGGAGGAGAAACUCAGUUCGCUGGCGCGGUUUGAUGCAUUAAUGCGUGAGAUGGAUGAAAAACGAAAGCAACGGGAAGCGGAAGAAGCCAGGUUGCGACCACAGGCGACCGCGGGAUCCUCGGCGAGAUUAUCGGGGUCCGAGCUGAAGAGCGCAUUUGACGACGACUCCGAUGAGGGCGAUGAUGAAGAUGAGGACGAGGAAGACGAGGACAGUGACAUUGUGGGGGAGGGUGAUCUUGAAGACCGCUUCCCCCCCUCAAGGUCGGCUCAGCGGACGUUGGAUUUUAUGACGGGAAGACAUGAAGCUCCGCAGCGACACCAAUUUGGUUCACGAUACCAGGUCAUGAGGUCUCCCCCACCUACCUACAACCAGGAAGCAUUCAUCGCCUUAUCCAGCCCAGCCUCCUCCCAGGCCCGACCUCAGACGGGUUAUUCCAACAACCGCAAUAGGCCGGGUAUGGCGCAGCGGACACACAGUCAACCACACCUUGCGACAAUGAUGGCAUCCUCAUCUACGCCUCUGGACACAACCGAAGAAGCAGAGGACGGGCUAGGAUUCAGCUUCACUCCGAAUUCCCCGUCGAUCGUCAACCGGAAUUCGGCAGAGAAGCGACGCUCAGUAUCUAGUGCGAAGCGCCUCAGCUUCACCGAACUGACCAAGCGACUUAGCAGCACGAGUAGCCUGCUGCUAAUGCAGUCAAAUGCCAGCGGACCCGCCAGCAGCCGCGCAAGCAACAGUGACAUGGACUUUCAGAGCCCACCGCAGUCACCACCUCAACAUCUUCACCACCUCCAUCCCCGGGCUGGCCCACCAACGGCACAGCAACACCAGCCGCAACAGCCCGCUUCUUCCAUUAGUGAAAGGUGCGGUUGGCGCGGCAGCGUGGGCGUGUUUGGCGAUGGUGGCUUUGUCUGA